GCUAACCUUGAUGCAACCAAAACACAUGGGCUUACGAAGAUAUCUCGGAAUUCAUUGAUUCUUACCUCGAUAAAUAACACAUUUAACUGGACUUCUCGCGGAUCUUCAGCAGCUUUUCUCCGCUUCUCCAGUGAAUCGUCAUCAGUGGACUGAACGUCGUUUUAUCGGUUUUCAUGUCGGAGUCCAGUUAUGAGGUUCUCUUUACUGUGCGCUGUCAGAAGCUGUGGAGCAGCUCGCAGACUCCACCGAGGGCAGCUUCUCUCAUCUGUUGCAGCUGUUUGGAGACAUGAGAGGAGAAACACGAGCAGCCAGCCGUGCACAGACCCCGGGAGUCACUACAUCACCACUCCCAUCUUCUAUGUCAACGCGCCUCCUCAUUUAGGACACCUGUACUCAGCGGUGACCGCCGACUGCCUGCACAGAUACAAAGUCCUGCAGGGCUUUAACUCAAGGUUUGCCACAGGUACAGAUGAGCAUGGUUUGAAGAUCCAACAGGCUGCAGAAGCUGCAGGAAAAGAUCCUCUCUCUUUCUGCACCAGCGUGUCCGAGAGAUUCAAGCAUCUCUUCAGCAGCUGCAACAUUUCGUAUACAGACUACAUACGAACUACGGAGCAGAGACACCGUCGAGCCGUGGAGCAUUUCUGGUCGGUGCUCUGGAACCGAGGGCUCAUCUACAAGGGCAGCUAUGAAGGCUGGUACUCCACUCAGGAUGAGAGCUUCCUCAUGCCGACGCAGGUCACAGACGCUCUGGACUCUUCAGGGAAGGAGAUCAAAGUGUCGAUGGAGAGCGGACACAAGGUGGAAUGGAUGAAAGAGGAGAACUACAUGUUUCGUCUGUCUGCGUUUCGAUCUCAGCUGUUGGAAUGGCUUGAAGGAAACCCCCGGGCUGUGCAGCCGGAGCGCUUCUACCAGGCCGUCGUCCAGUGGCUGCAGGAAGACCUCCCGGACCUCUCUGUGUCCCGUCAGAGGAGUCGCCUCCAGUGGGGCAUCCCGGUGCCGGGAGACGCUGAGCAGACCAUCUAUGUGUGGCUUGACGCUCUUGUGAACUACCUCACGGUUGCUGGCUAUCCAGAAAAGCAUGAGCAGUGGUGGCACGUGGUCCAUCACGUCGUAGGAAAAGACAUCUUAAAGUUUCAUGCCAUUUACUGGCCGGCUUUUCUCCUCGGAGCCGGACUGCAGCCGCCCCAGAGGAUACACGUGCAUUCUCACUGGACAGUAGGUGGAAAGAAGAUGUCUAAAAGUCUGGGUAAUGUAGUAGAUCCUCUUGAGCGCUCGCAGGUAUUCACUACUGACGGCAUGAGGUACUUUCUGCUGCGUCAAGGCGUGCCAGACUCCGACUGCGAUUACACAGAUCGCAAAGUGGAGAAGCUGCUGAACGCGGAGCUGGCGGAUUCUCUGGGCGGUCUGCUCAACCGCUGCACAGCUCCAGCUCUCAAUCCCACUCAGGUCUACCCACAUUUCUGCCCUCAGUCCUUUCCCCACAAGCCCGGGGGCAAGGCAGCAGCUGAAGACUAUCAGAUGCUGGACGCUGUGAGACGCCUGCCAGCCCUGGUAGAAAACUACUAUGAAAGUUUGCACGUGUACAAAGCGCUGGAGGCCAUCAGCGCCUGCGUCAGGCACACCAACGGGUUCGUGCAGCGUCACGCGCCUUGGAAGCUGGAUAGAGGGGACAGCGAAGACCAACGCUGGCUCGACACCAUCAUCCACGUCUCUCUCGAAUGUCUGAGGAUUUACGGCACACUCCUGCAGCCAGUGGUGCCGGAGAUUUCUGACAAGCUGCUGUCCAGGCUUGGAGUGCAGCCCGGCGAGCGGAGCUGGGCAGAUCUGAACUUUCUGCCAAGGUACGAGGGAAAGGCCUGUCCCUUUGAGGGGAGAGCGCUGGGACCCGACUCCGGAGUGCUUUUUAAUCGACUUGAAAGUCAAAAUCCGGAUAGAAAAAGCAAAUCAAACCAAUCCGUAAAGAAACCAAAGAAAAGUAAAAACUGAGGACUUUGGAAAUCAUCUCAAGGCUGUUCCUGUCUGAUAUUUCUUGAUAAAAGUUUCAGCAACAUGAUUACAAUCUAAAAAACACGCAACCAACAAGUACAAGACAUUAAAAAAAUGACAUGACUUUUUUUUUAAUGAGAAAUACACGAAACUGAAAAAAUUGUACAAAUUGAAAUAAAAUAAAAAAUU